UCCCCUCACAAGUUUUAGUUUUAAGUAGCACUUCCUCUGAUUUUUUGUCAAAGCUCAAAGAACCAGAGAACAGCCAUGGCCGCUGUCUACCAGCACCCCAUCCAGGUAGUGACGGUCGCCACCACUAAUAAAAACUCCAGGCAAUGGAGCACCAACCUCUGUAAUUGCUGCUCUGAUAUGAGCACCUGUUGCUGUGGCCUUUGGUGUUUACCCUGCAUGCAGUGUGAGACAGUCAGUAGACAUGGAUGGUGCUGCGCCUUGCCUCUCCUGGACGGUUGCUGUGUGGUGUCCUACUUACUCCGCAAGUCCAUCAGGGAGCGCUACAACAUCCCAGGUUCAUCCUGUGGCGACUGUUGUCAAAUAUUUUGGUGUUACGAGUGUGCUUGGUGCCAGAUGCAUCGUGAGCUGAAAAUCAGGGCCAGGCAGGCACCUGCCAUCUCAACGGUGGUCACCACGCAGGUCAUCCAUGGAUAGAAUAUCAACCUCGUGUGUCAAGUGCAUG